AUGAAAGACGGAUCACUGGACUCUGAAAUCGCAAAUCCGAAAAGAUCAGCGUGGGCUGCUUAUCACGGAAUAGCCGAAGCGUUGAGUGGAAUUGGAAUGACCAGAAAAAAUCAACUGCUGAAACAAAGUGUUGUUGCAGCUGCAAUUUAUGGUGCAGAAACUUGGAACACAAAGGUCAAAGAUGUCGAAAUCAUUCAAAGAACAAUCAACCACAUUUGGGUGCAAGCUGGAGCCGGUGAUCCGCCAGAUAUGACAAAUUUGAUUAUGAAAACAAAAAUCAGAUGGGCAGGCCACGUGGCGCGCAUGUCUCCGACUAGAUAUUGCAAAAUCAUAACACUGUCGGACUUCCCAGAUAAGUAUCCAAGAAGGAAAGGCAGACCAAAAAAGCGCUGGGUGGACGACAUCAAAGAAGCAGCAAAAGUCCACAAUCACAACCAAAAUUUAUUGGGUCUCGGUGGAGACAGAAGAAGAAGAAGGAUCGGGAUAAUAUCCAGCAAAAUUCCCUGGUCACGAAUGGCUCAAGAUCGUUCACAAUGGAGCUGUCUGGUUCACAGUUAUGAUCAAUGA